AUGGGUCUACUUUGUUGGAAUUGUCAUGGGCUUGGAAACCCACAAACAAUUCAGGAGCUCGGUGACAUAGUCCAAGCACAAGAUCCCACAAUUGUGUUCUUAGCCGAAACAUGGCUGGAUGAAGCUAGGCUACUUGAAUUACGUGGCAGACCUCGACCAAAUGGGCAAAUGCAGGACUUUAGAGACAUUCUUGACGAGUGUGGAUUCACUGACAUGGGAUACAUGGGAAAUAAGUACACUUGGUACAAGCACUAUCAGAAUGGCAAUACAAUUUGGGAACGGCUUGACAGGGCAGUAGUUACACAAGAUUGGUUGAACCUAUUUUCGGCAUCAAAGGUGCUUACUCUUGAGUAUGGUACCUCAGAUCACAAACCCAUCAUAAUUCACCCCAUGGGCAUCCCAAGCAGCAAGCAACGCCCUUGGAGAUUUGAACAGGUUCAACAACCGAAACACGAUAUAAAUGGAUUGUUGGUGGCGGAGGAAAAACUUUGGCAUCAAAGGUCUCAAUCUCACUGGUUAAAAUCAGGGGAUAAAAAUACUAGCUAUUUCCACAGUCGAGCUUCUCAUAGAUUUCGCCGUAAUAACAUUCUUGGUCUUCGAAAUUCAAGUGGGGAGAUGUGCUAUAGGGAUGAGAAAGUUGCUGCCCUAUUGGUAGAAUAUUACACGGGCUUAUUCACUAUGUCAAAUCCUUGUGAAAUUGACUCAAUAUUGCAGCAAGUCCAGCGGAGUGUUACCGAAGAGAUGAACACCCUCCUUGGAUGA